AUGGGGAAUUUCGUUGGACCUAGAAAAAAAUUAUCAAGAGAAGAUUUAACUUUUCUUAAAGAGAAUACACAUUUCACUAAAAGACAAAUAAAACAAUGGUACAAUGGAUUUAUACGUGAUUGUCCAUCUGGUCAGUUGAGCAAAAAGAAAUUUAUUGAAGUCUAUUCUGGCUUCUUUCCAGACGGUAAUGCUGAAGAAUUCUGCACACAUGUUUUUCGAACAUUCGAUAAAGACAAUUCAGGAAGGAUAGACUUUAAAGAAUUUCUACUCGCCAUCAAUAUCACAUCUGGUGGAGAUCCAGAGGAGAAAUUGGAAUGGGCUUAUCAAAUGUAUGACAUUGAUGGCAAUGGUACAAUAGAACGGACAGAAAUGGUUGAAAUUAUACGAGCUAUUUAUUCAAUGCUUGGCACAGACAAUACAGCUGUAGACAUAAGCCCUGAGGCUAGAGCUGAAGAAAUUUUCGAGAAAAUGGAUGAAAACGGUGAUGGUGUGUUAACACGUGAAGAAUUUAUGAAAGGUUGCAUGGAAGACAGUCAACUUAAGGCUAUGCUAUUGGCAGAUGAUCCAGUUGAAUAA